CCACGCAUACGUGUAUUUUCGAGAGGACACGUAUAUCAGGUCCUUAAAAAUGAAGCACCAUACGUUAAUGCUGCUGAUUGCAGUAGCAUUGGUCUUUCAGGCCAAUGCACUCCCCUAUUCGAAAAUCCCAGACGGUUUGCUCCAGUCAGACGGAUACCACUACCAAAAAGCUGAUGCAAACGAUAAUGCGAACAGCUUUAGUGAAUCGAAACAAGAAGCGACUGAUAAGCUAGACUUCCCUGAUACUGGAUUUUCGGCUAUUUCUGGAACCAGUUCAGAUGCAAAUGAAAUCAAUCAGCUUCCAGAAUCAGACUCAGGUCCGAGUCAAGAAUCUGAAGAUGUGAACAAUGAACAUAGUGGAUACUACUACGAAAUGAAAGCUAAAAACCCUUUCUUAAGUUCUGAAUCACAAUCUGGAUGUGGGCCUUCUGGUUGCACUGCAAGCGCAAGUUUUGAUCUCCAGAAAGGCAACGUCAACAUUCAAGCCAAAGAUCAACGUGACCGGGUUACUGCAUCUGCUCCAGCAAAUCCAUUCCUGAACCAGGUUUCUGCAUCCGCAUCUACUGUAUCGAACUCUCGUCUGCCACAAGCACCAACAUUCGCAGCACCCCAGCCCAGUCGGCCCAUCGCCGUAAAUGUUGAUAAGAACAACCCCUUCCUGAAACCCGGAUCCGGAUCUGCUGUUUUGACCCCUAUCUCUGUGCAAACUGAUCAACAAACCCAGCAGAUCUCAGAUGAUCAACAAACCCAACAGAUCUCAGACCUCUUCCCUGUUGGUCAAGACCAAAAUGGUUACCCAUCCUCAUCCGACCAGUUCCCCCAACAACCCUUCGAACCUGAAGAUAGCCUUACCUUCAGUUGUAGUGGACAAAACAAAAUAUGCGUAGCCAAACAACUCUGUGUGAACGGAUACACGAGCCAAAGAGGAACGCAAAACAAACCUGAGGGACAAGAUUGCAACUUAAACUACGAAAUUUGUUGUACUUUUAAAGAAAGCCCAAAACAGAAUCCAGAAUUCGGCCCAGGUAGCAACGAGAAUGCCAUCUCAGGAUCCUCGAACCAACCUUCAUUAGGAUACCCUAGCGGAGGCUUACUCGGACCUGAAGAUUCGAAUUCUGGUGAUUUGAGUACAGAAUCUGCUCCAUCUGGGCAGGGUGCACCAGACUCUAAUGGAUAUUUGCCUCCUCACGGCAGUGAACCUUCCAAUCUUGUCCCCUCAUUCUCUCGCCCACCCCAGGAACCAGAACUCGAUGGAGAAGCCGAUGAUGCAACACCAAUUGGUGUAAGACCCCAGGCUGCUUUUCCACCAGCACCAGAAAUUCCUCCUCAAGUAGGAUGUGCCGCUGCUUUGAUUUGUGUUGAAGAACAAUUUUGUACUUUGCAAGGAGUUAUUAGUGAAACCCCUCUUACAUUCACUGCUCAACAAUUGUUAAGAAGAGCACCUUUGAGCACCUGCAAGAACCCAGACUCAGGCAUAAUCGGAAAAUGCUGUCGUGACCCGAACUACGUUGACCCCUGGCCAGCGGGUAACCUUCCAGCCAACUACAGCGGUGGAUUUGACGAAAUGGGCUUCCCAACAUUCUUGAACAUCGCAACCAGUAAACCUCAAAAACAAGGAACCAAAACUCCUCAGAGACCAACGAAGACACAAAAACCAAUUCGUCCUCAACAAACUUUCAACUCUCAACAACCAAUUCGUCAGCCGCAACCAUUCAAUUCCCAACAACCGUUCCGCCCACAACAGCCAUUUAAUCAACAACCUAGUCAACCAGAAAAACCGAUAGGCUCUCAACAGCCAAUCCGCCCUCAGCAACCAUUUAAUUCCCAGCAGCCCAUUCGUCCCCAACAACCUUUUGGUGCAAAGCUGCCCAGCCAACCUGAAAGACCAUUUGGUUCAGAACAAUCCAGUCAACCUCAACAGCCCUUCAACCCACAAAAGCCAAUUCGUCCACAACAACCAUUCAAUUUUCAACAGCCAAUUCGCCCCCAACAGCCAUUUAAUUUCCAACAACCAAGCCAGCCUGGCACAAAUUUCGGUUCUCAACAACCUAGCCAGUUUCAACGACCCUUAAACACUCAACAGCCAUUCAGACCUGAAAGGCCUAUCAGCUCUCAACAGCCAAGCAAACCUGAUACACCUUUCCGUCCUCAACAACCUACCCAGCCUCAAAGACCAUUCAACGCUCAACAGCCAAUAAGACCUGAGGAGCCUCUCCGCUCUGAACAACCCAACCAACCUGAUACACCACUCGAUUCUCAGCAAUCUAGCCAGCCUCAACGACCCUUCAACUCUCAACAGCCAAUCGGACCGAAACAGCCUGAUGGCUCUCAACAACCAAGUCAACCUGAAACACCUUUUGAUGCUCAACAAUCAGGUCAACCCGAAAGACCAUUUGCCUCUCAGCAACCCAUCCAGCCUCAAGGACCUUUCAACGCUCAGCAACCAAUAGCACCUGAACAAGCCGUCGGCUCUCAAAAACCAAGCCAGCCCGAAGUACCUUUCGGUUCUCGACAACCUAGCCAGCCUCAACGACCUUUCAACUCUCAGAAGCCACUUAUAUCUGAACAACCUUUGAGCUCUCAGCAACCAAGCCAGCCUGACAGACCUUUCUCUUCUCAACAACCUAGCCAGCCUCAACGACCCUUUAACACUCAACAGCCAAUCAGACCUGAACAAAGUUUCGAAACUCAACAACCAAGCCAGCCCGAAGUACCUUUUGGUUCUCUACAACCUAGCCAGCCUCAACGACCUUUCAACUCUCAGAAGCCACUUAUAUCUGAACAACCUUUGAGCUCUCAGCAACCAAGCCAGCCUGACAGACCUUUCUCUUCUCAACAACCUAGCCAGCCUCAACGACCCUUUAACACUCAACAGCCAAUCAGACCUGAACAAAGUUUCGAAACUCAACAACCAAGCCAACCUGAAGUACAUUUUGGUUCUCGACAACCUGAACAACCUCAGCGACCUUUCAACUCUCAACAGCCAAUCAGACCUCAACAACCUUUAAGUUCUCAGCAGCCAAGCCAGCCUGACAGACCUUUUGUUUCUCAACAACCUCAGCGGCCUUUUAACUCUCAACAGCCAAUCAGACCUGAAGAAUCUUUCGGCUCUAAACAGCCAAGCCAGCCUGAUACAUCUUUCGAGUCUCAACAACCUAGCCAGCCUCAACAGCCCUUUAACGCUCAACAGCCAAUCAGACCUGAACAGAGUUUCGAAUCUCAACAACCAAGCCAACCUGAAACAGAUUUGGGCUCGCAGCAACCUAUCCACCCUGACCAAACCUUUGAAAACCAACAAGCAAACCAAGUACAGCCAAUUGAAUCCCAAAAAGCCUUCCAACCUCAAGAACCCUUCAACUCUCAGUCUUCAUCUACGUCUGAAGACGCAGUCCUCUCUCAAAAGCCCAUCAGACCGCAACAGCCUGUGAAAUCUCAAUAUCCAAUUAAGUCCCAACAACCCUCGAAAUAUCAGCCUACGAAAACGCAGCAACCAAUUAAGAGCUAUCAGCCAGUAAAAUCAGUCCAACCGACGAAAACAGCUCCACCUUCUAAGACCAUUAAUUUCUCUAAUAUUCCACAAUUUCCUUCUUUUCCAUCAGGACAGCAAAUAGUGACAGCUAUCCAGGAUAAUUUGCCUGUUUUCUCAAGGCCACAAAGUCCCGUGCAGCCACUUGGUACCCCAGCACAAAAUCCUGCUUCACCAACUCCAAAGCCUCCUGGUUUCUUUGACAAUUUACCAAGUUUCCCAUCAUUCACAAAUCCCUUCGGACAGAAACAGCCACCAAAAAGCUCUUAUGAUUCUCAAUCUACCAACGAGAAGCAAAUCGUCAUCUCCGCACACACCCCUGGAGCUCAGUGCGGUUUGAAAAACCAAGUCCAACGUCCGAGCGGUCUGAGCGAUGUGGACGUUGCCUUUGGCGAAAUUCCAUGGCAGGCAAUGAUUCUCUCCGGCCGAGAUCGCAAGUUACUUUGCUCCGGGGCAAUAGUGUCACCCAAUGUUGUCUUAACCGCCGCCCACUGUGUAGAUGGACUUAAUCCUACUGAUGUGUCGAUCAAAGCUGGAGAGUGGAAAUUAGGAUACGAACUGAAACACGAGGAACCUUUGCCUUUCGAAAUUGUGAACGUUGCUUCAAUUGUCCCUCACCCUGGAUACUCAUCAGGAAACCCCAGCUACGAUACCGCCCUUCUCUUCCUGGAACAUCCCGUUACACUUGAUCAACACGUUGACACCAUCUGUCUUGGAGACACUCCUGUAAUUACACCCGGGAGAAAGUGCAUCGCUACGGGAUGGGGAAAGAUCGUUCUUCAAGUGAAUUAUGCUGGAGCCUUGAUGCACAGCAUCAAUGUGGACCUUUUGAAUCAAGAUGAGUGCAGACAACGACUAGAAAAUGCUGAAUCCCAGUUGAACGUUGAUGAUUCCUUGGUUUGUGUUAAAGCACAACACGUGAACAACAAUUUGUGUCAAGUAGAUGUUGGUGGACCCUUGGCCUGUGAUCGUGGAGAUGGAUUCUAUGAACUCACUGGUAUCUACAGCCAAGACACUGGAUGUCUUCCUACCAACCAGGUUGCAACUUUCGCAAUUGUCGACUCUCAAUGGGUGAAGGAAACAAUACAAUCACCACCCUUGCCCAAAACUGAUGAAGUCUCCAGUGGAUAUCCAUCAUUGCCGAAACCAGAGCAAAAUUUACCUGGACAGUUUUAUCAACCUUCUCAGCCAAAACCAUUCCAGCUUGCUCCACAACCAGCCCAACUGAUACCACAACCAAUUCAGCCAAUUGCUCAACCUGCUGAAUCCAUUCAGCCAGCUCAACCCAUUCAGCCAGCUCAACCCAUUCAGCCAGGUCAACCCAUUCAGCCGUUUCAACCAGUCAGACAACCAGAUUCAUCUUCUCAAACCUUAGAAUCUUUCCCGGGAUAUAACCCACCUAUUGCCCAACCUGCUCAACCUGCUCAAUCUGCCCAGCCUGCCCAACCAGCCCAGCCUGCCCAACCAAACACCCUACCAGCUCCAUCUUCUGAAACCUUAGCACCUUUCUUAGAAUAUGGCCCACCUAUUGCCCAAUCUCCCCAGCCUGCUCAAUCUCCCCAACUUGCCCAAUCUUCCCAACCUGCCCAAUCUUCCCAACCUGCCCUAUCUUCACAACCCAUUCGUCCAAUUGGCCAGCAAAAUCGCAGACCCAUAAUACAACCAAUUUCUCAACCAGCAAGUCCCAGUUAUCCUUCACAGAGUGAAGCUCAACUCCCAACUUUUGUUCAGCAAACUGGACAUACACAUACAGGUGAAAUUUGUGAAUGCAGGCAGAGCAGCCUACCAUCUGCACCUAAUCAAUAUCUACCUCCUACCUUUUAAAAGGUCCGACUGAAUUGUUCAUUCCAAAAAGAAAGGCAUUGUUAUUCUCAGACGAAAAGGAGAGGGCACGAAAUUAUAAUAAAGCAGCUCCUAAUUGUUCCUCGAGCUUCUCCUCUACUACUAAAAGUCACUGAAUGAUAACAAAACCUAGGAACUAGAAAAUGUCGAAAGGGAUCAAAGAUAGGAUAUCAGAGAUCCAAUAUCAAUAUUUUGCAAGCAUCUCUUCGAGCAAAUGAAAUCGUCUUGACUAACCUCACGCAGAAGAAUUAUACAAAAA